CUUCGUUCCAUGGGCGUGUGCGCGUCGGAGCUCAAGUAUUUGGCGCGUCCGGCCAAGGUCGACCAAAACUUGACGUUGCUCGUGCGGCACGCCGUCGAGGGCCGCGUCGACGACGUCCGUGCCAUGGUCCAGCGCACCCCCAAGCUCAUCCGGACCGUCGACCGCUUUGGCAUGUCGGCGUUGCAUUGGGCGUGUUAUGCGGGCAAGCUACCGUGCGUCACGGCGCUUCUCGAGGCCGGCGCCAACGUCCAGCAGGCCGACACCAACAAGCGCAACGCGCUCCACCACGCUUGCCGAAAAGGCCAUCUAGGGACGAUCCAGCUCUUGGUGACCACGCACCGCAUGGACGUCAACCGCCAGAGUGGCAACGGCGACACACCGCUGCACAAAGCAGUGUUGGCGGGGUCGCCGGGCGCGACGCUCCUCCUCCUCUACUACGGCGCCGACCCCACGCUCCCAAACUUGAAUUGUGACAAUGCGAUCCAAGAAGUGCAGGCCAAGAUCGCGCAGACGAUCGCUCGGAGUCGACGCAAUCCGGGAGCAGUCGUCGUGGCGCCGAUGGCAUCCAUGGCCGCCGUGGUCCAAGCCUCGACGACGCUCGAGCCGCAUACCGAAGGCGACUUCCACGACCUCUCCGAGACCAACGCUGGAGGCGAGACCGAGGCCACGACGGUCGAGCCCUUCCAUGAGAAGCCACAUACGACGCCUCCCGUGUCGCUGCAAAUCGCCAAGCGGUCGACCAAGCGGCUGCUGCGGGCGUCCACGACCAAGGUCAUUUUGAGCAUCCGCCAAAAGCAAGCGCUCGGUCAGUACGAAGUCAUUGCACACAUCUUUAGCGUCUACAACGAGAAAGCGACGCGGGCGGACGAGUGGCGCCGACUCCUCGAAGAGUACACACCGAUCCGCGUAGUAGUAUAAUCGGAAUGCUUCAUGACGCGUGGGC